UGUAAGUUUGGAUUAUUGUAGGUAACAAUGCAUGCACAUUUUUAACCUUUCUUAAUUAAAUUGGUGGGGCCAAAUUGCUUAAAUUAUCAGCUCAGGACUCAUCUUGUACUGGGGACACCUGGCCAAGAGUACUAUGGUCCUAAAUAGUGACCUUAUGUAUUUGUCAGUGUUUCCCCUAGAUUAUAGUCCAGACAGGGUGGAAAGGCUCCAUCUCUCAUCCAGACCCUCUUUAUCCGAAACUGUCAAUAGAAACCAGUAGAAGCCUAAGUCUUUCUGGUGGAGGAGCACGAGACCUAGGCAGACAGGGCUGCCCUCGAUAUACAAUGGUAAGGGGAACUCUGUUUUGUCAAGUUCUUACUGUGUUUUCCUUUUGAAAGGAACACUACUGCGAUGCCGAAAGUGGAUCGGGUUACCUGGCCUGGAGGAUUAAGACUGUCCAACGCAACACAUCACAUGGGACCAAGAAGAGAUCCAUGUCUACAUACCAAGAUGGUCCAAAGGCUAAGCGGGCUUCACAUUCAACUGUUGAGCAACUGACAGGCGACAAAUGCAGAGGGGCGAUAUCUGUGCUUCAGCAUUCAACUGAUGAGUCACUGGUCAAGGAGAAGAUUAGGGCAACAUUCAAACACAGACAGAACAUUGUGCAGGAUCCAGAGAAGUCCUCAACCAUCUUGGGCGUCUUCCCCCGAUUCCUUGACAUACCAGGCUUGAUCGACCAAGACUUCACAAUGCUGCUUGGAGAGGAUGCAUCUGGCAAGUUCCUGGCGAAAUGGCCAACUUUGUUCAGACCAGGGUCAUCGCAGACUGCAAGAACCUACCCCCCAGUGCCCAUUUGGAAGCCCUCCUCUCUUCUGCGCAGCACGACUCUGAUGAUUUGGGAUGGGACAGUGACUUGGCAGCCAUUCUGUUGCUGCUGCAUCUGCUACCCCCGACCUCAAAAGACAAGAGGGCUGCAAAGAUCGCUGUCUCUCAAGCUGCUGACCAUCUGGUGAAAUAUAUGAAGGUGGGGACGAGCAUGGUGACCUUCCUUGCGCAAGUUGGACGUGAACAGCCCUUCCUCCUCUGUGUCGGCGAACAAAAGAACAUCAUCCAGAAAUUCUACAUCGUCGUUGACCAGAAGGCCAUUCCGUGCAAGACCCAAACAUCAGAGGCAGCUUUCGAUGAGCUCUUCAAGGCACACUACGUCUUCGGCGUGUCCUGUGAGGAAGCUUUGGGUAGUUUCUACACGUUCAUUCAAACCACAGUGUAUAAUAUUGAUGUAGGGAAUGCAAAGGAGAGCCCAAGGGUCAAGGAGAUUAGAGCAAGGCUGCUUAACAGAGACACUUGAGUUGAUACACAUCUUUGGGCUUAAAGAUGUUGACUUGUUUCAUUUGUAAAGUACACCACAGAAGUUGUGCAUUGCUUUGUCAACAUUUUAAGAUCCAUCAGGAAGGACAUUGCGUUUGAAAUGCGGAGAUCCUGAGUGUUCCUCCGUUUUUGGCACUUAUUCUGGCUUUAAGAAGCACUUGGUUCGUGUACAUGGUGACUGUGUUACUCCAAAUACCAUUGACAAUGUUGAGACUUUGAGCAAUAAUGAUGUUGAACCUUCAUGUUGUCAGUCAGUUGAUACAGACUCUCCUACUACUCAGGUUCCUAUUGAGAGGAGGCAAUUGCUGGACAUGUGUGGGUCUGUUGGAGCUCAGUUACAGGCAUCGGGGGUUGCUGAAAGUACUGUUCAAUCUAUGGUUGGUUCAAUGGAAGAACUUGUGAAUGACAUCCAUGCUCAAGCAAGGGAAGCUGAACUAAAAAGUAUUUCAUCAGAGACUCAAGGUCAAGACCUAGGUGAAAAAGUUGGGGAUUGUUUUGAUCAGCUUGAAAAUCCUUUCUCAGUCUUGAACACAGGAGCCAAGCGGCAGAGGUAUUUUGAGGAAAAAUGGGAAAUAAUUGAGCCUGUAGAGCAUGUUCUUGGAGUGCGGUUUGAUGUACGCCGAGAUGGAACACCUGGUGUGUGCAGUCAAGUUCCAGUAAAUGAUACGUUUAUUGAUGUACCUAUCUUAGGAACUCUGAAGUCUAUGUUUAAGAACAGUGAAGUGUGUAAAAGUUUCCAGCAGGUAAGAGAACAUCAAGAAGGUACUUCCAAAGACAUUAAUGAUGGUUCAUACUUCAGAAAUCAUUGUCUGUUUUCACAACAAGAAUAUGCUCUACAGAUUCAACUUUACUAUGACGAUUUUGAAACUGCCAAUCCUUUAGGCUCAAAAAAGGGAAUUCAUAAACUUGGCUGUGUUUAUUUUAUUUUAAGAAACCUACCACCAAAAUUGAACUCUGUGUUGAUGAAUAUUCAUCUAGUUGCUCUCUUUCACUCAGAGGACUUAAAGAAAUAUGGAUUUGAUGAAAUACUAAAGCCACUUGUAAAUGAUUUAAAAGUUUUG